AUGGCUACGAGGACCAGCGGCAGCGCAAUCUACCCUAUUGUUGGCAUCGAUGAAAACGAAGACAACGACGACGAGAACCUCUUUGGCGGAGACGACUUGGCUUGGCGCCUCUACGACAACAAUAGCAGCACCACCGGAGCCCUCCUGGCCGCCUCGCCUCGAGAAGCCGCGAAGAGGCGAGAGGAAAGGGGCAAACUGCGGGACCACGCCAGGCACUUGGCCCAGUGCAGAAUAGAAGAGGAACAACACAAGCGUAAGUGGUGGGACGAGCAGAUCAAGGAGCGGGACUGGACCAUGCAGCUGAUGAUGGCACUGUUGGACCCCACGUUGUCGUGUGCUCAGAAAAACGACCAGAUCCAGAAGCUGCGCGAGCAGUUCAUAGUUGCUGUGAGGCAGGGCGUCAGCAAGAUCUUCAAUUCUAAGAAAUCCCACUCAGCAUUCAAGUUCAACGGAUACGCGGUGGGGCCUGGGGAGGACGUCUACGCCACCGGCGGCAUCCGCUUCCAGCAGGUCAGCUCCAGCGCCCAGGCCAGCCGCUUCUUCAGGUAA